AUGUUCUCCUUGAACAGUGACGAGGCCCCUGAUCCUGAUGGUUACAAUGCCUUUUUCUUCAAAAAGGUUUGGCCUAUUGUUGGCUCUGAUGUUACUUCAGCCAUUAAAGAACAAAUUGAUGAUAGUAUACUUUUAGCCCAAGAGCUCCUCAAUGGUUACCAUAGGUUCUCUCCCUCUCCUAGAUAUGCUCUCAAGAUUGACAUUCAAAAGGCUUUUGAUUCUGUGUGUUGGGAUUAUCUGUUUGAUUCCCUUAAGCUAUUUCGAUUUCCUGAUAUCUUCAUAAGUUGGAUCAAAUCAUAUGUUUCCACACCUUCCUUCACCAUUUCUGUAAAUGGAGAAUUCAAUGGCUACUUUAAGGGAAUCAAAUGGCUGAGGCAAGGGGACCCUUUAUCCCCUUUCCUCUCUGUGAUUGUGAUGCAGGUCUUCUAUCUCAUUGUCACUAAAUCCAUAACUGAAAUGCCAUUCAAAUUCCAUUGGAGAUGUAAAGACAUUGCCCUAACCCACUUAAUUUUUGCAGAUGACCUUAUGUUAUUCUCACAUGGCAGUCUUGACUCUUUGCAAACUUUCAAGUAUGCCAUUGAUACUUUCUCUAACCUAUCAGGUCUCCACAUUAAUCAGAACAAAUCUCAAGUUUUCCUUUCUGGAAUUAAUCCUCAGCUUGAAGUUGCCAUAUUGUCACUCCUAGGAUUUGAUAAAGGUGUACUUACUGUAAGAUAUCUUGGGGUGCAUUUGGUUUCUUCUAUGUUGAGGACAAAUGACUGCAGAGCUCUCAUUGAUAGGAUUACUUCUAGAAUUGGGCACUGGACCAGCAAAUUCCUCUCAUUUGCAGGAGCUAAAAUAGCUUGGGAGAAGUGCUGUCUUCCAAAAAGAGUUGGAGGUUUAGGUCUUCCUAAUCUCUCUACAUGGAAUGAGGUUGCAAUCAUGAAGCAAUUUUGGAGAAUUAUCAAUUAUAAUGAUAUGUUAUGGGUGCAUUGGAUCAACACUUAUUUGCCAAAAGGAAGAAGCAUUUGGGAAGUUAAAGUACCUGCAACUAUGAAAUUUCUCAACAAGGAUCUGUCAUCCACCUCAUGGUCACAUCUGGUAUGGUCUAAACCAUCUAUUCCAAAGCAUUCUUUCACCUUAUGGGUUGCGAUUCAGCAGAGGUUGCCAACUUUGGAUAGAAGCAAUUCAGUUUCAAAACUGAGUUUAGCAGCCUUGGUCUACAAUAUUUUGAUUGAGAGGAAUAGAAGAAUCUUCCAGAAGAAAUUCCUUUCUCCAAACACGGUGCUUCACCUCACCUUGGAAGCCAUCCGUUCCAAGCUACUGGUCUUAACCAUAAAGGACUCCCACAAUGUGCAAAAAGUUGUAGCAGAAUGGGAUCUUUCUGAAGGAAUUGCUCGUCCACCAGCUAAGCCACCAGAUCAUACAUGUUGA